AUGAUAACCCUUGAAGGGGAUAGUGUUCUCCUUCGGCAAGAAUCGAUCGUCGCCGUCAAAGCGACCGAUGAGAUUCUCGAUGUGCUGCGCAUCAAUUCGAGCCGAUUCUACGCGCUCUCGUUUCUAAUGAGUUUGACAUGGAUGAUCGGAGCAAUGGUGUUGCUGAGCACGGCGUUUACGGCUUCUGAAUGCGCAAAUUGCACAAUGCUGACAGUUAAUCAGGAGUUUCCCGACGAUGUCUCGCUGCUGACAUGGCGCACCUCGUUCUUCAUGCUCGGCAUGAUGUGCGGCGCGAUUGUGAUGCCGAUGAGCGCCGAUCACUACGGCCGUCGUCCAAUCUGGUUGGUGUGUUUGAUCGGCGUCGCCGCCGCCAGCGGUUUUUGCGCCAUGUCGCACUCGGUCGUCCAGUUCUGCGUGUUCCGCUGGUUUCAAGGCUUCUUCUGGGUGGGCGCCUCGCUCGUCAGCUGGGUGGCCGGAUACGAGUUGGCGCCGCCGAAAUUGCGCGCCGUCGUCACACUGCUCUACGGCCUCACAUGGGUCGUCGGCUAUUGUCUCGUCGCGCCGCUCGCGAUGAUCGUCUCGACGUGGCGCGAGUUCUACGCGCUCAUCGCGUCGCUCGUUCCGCUCUACGCGUUCCUCAUCUUCCUCAACGUGCCCGAAACCCUUCAUUUCCUGAUUGUGAAGCGGCGAGCGCGAAAAGCGCAACGCUGGAUCGCCCACGUCGAUCCGACAUUCCCGGGCACGUUCGACAUUCCCGGCUUGAUUCAAGCGUCGCAACGAAAGCACAAACGCCCGUUCCUUGAGGAAGUGCUUCGGCAUAAGGAGUUCAUCGGCUACUGGCUUGUUCAGGUGUUCAUGUGGAUGACCGACACGUUCACCUAUUUCGGCCUCUCGCUGAACAGCACCCAACUCGACGGCAAUCCCUACGCGAAUUUCGUGCUUCUCGGCGUCGUCGAGCUCCCUUCCUACAUCUUCUGCCCAUACGCCAACGAUUAUUUCGGAAGGAAGCCGACGCUGAUCGUCUCGCAUAUCUCGAGCGGCGUCCUGUUCAUCAUCGCCUAUUUUGUGCAAGACCGAAAUAGACUGAUUUACAUCGCUUGCUGGAUUCUCGGCAAAUUCGCCAUCUCGUUCUCAUUCAUGUCGUUGUUCGUUUACACGAGCGAGAUGUUUCCGUCGAGCAUUCGCAACGGCGCCGUCGGAAUGUGUUCGGUGUUCGCAAAAAUCGGAGGAAUUCUGAUUCCCUACAUGAAAUUGAUGGGCCUCAUCUCCGAGGACAUUUUGCUCAUUUUUUUGUGUGUUACGGCGAUCGCGGCCGGUCUGCUUGUCAUAUUCCUGCCGGAGACCAAGAAUCGCCUUCUACCCGACACCGUCGAAGACGAAUUCGAAAAUCAAUCCUGA